UUUCGUUCGAAAUAAGCCUUUAACGAGUUUCCAUCUUUUUCCAUGUAAAAAACUUGCCAUUGAUCUCGUUCGCGUAUAGAAAGAGUUAGAAAUUUUCGUAGAAAUUCUUAAUUACUUCGAGUGUGUACAACCUUGAGCAACGUGACGCAUUUAAAAUUCAAUGUUUGUUAUCGGUGGUUAUAUGUUAUCGAAAUAAGUAAGCUUUAAACGUCAUCAAAAAGUAUUAUUUUAUUUUUUCGUUCGUCGUAGGCUGGCGUCGUACUUUUAAGGAAUUCAACGUGGCGCACAAAAAGCGUUUCGUAAUUGUACUGUGAAAAAUCGUGAAUAAAAUAGAGAAUCCUGAUAUAUUUAUUACGCGUGUGUUUGUGUUCGUGUGCGUGUAUACAUAUACGCGUUAAUGUUUUAGGGUCGUACCUAAUGCACAGAAUUAUACUUCCUUGCGUCGUUCUACUUCGACGAGAGGAAUAGUGUGUUCAGAGACGUAGCAACGCAGCAACCAAAAGCAUGGAUCUCCUCGGUCUAUCCUUCCAGUCUCUGAAUUUUAGAAACAAUAAACCUCAAGAAGACGAUUUCCUUGACUUGGAAAACCAAGAAUGCGAGGAGUCUUCCGAACAAUCUAAAAAGAAACCAUGGAAAAAAUCUACGGAAGACUUGACAUCGUGUAGCAAGACCGAAAACCAACAUCCAAACCAACAACUGAGGAUGAUUAGCUUGGACGAAGUUGCGUGGCAUGACAGUGCUAACAAUUGCUGGAUCGUGAUACACGAUUUUGUUUACGACUGCACAGAAUUGUUGAAGAACCAUCCUGGUGGAUCAGACGUGAUUCUUGAAUACGCUGGCAGAGACGCGACUUUGCCGUUCAUUGGCGCUGGACACUCUUCUAUGGCGAGGCAGAACUUAGAGAGAUACCUCAUUGGUGAACUUCCGCUCGAAGAAAGAAUCUUUCGUGUAUCCAACGGUGUCAAAGUCGCUGGAUUUUAAUAUAUAAUUACGUUUGAUAUUCUAUUUGUUAGAUGAUUUUUGUUCAAAGACACGUUAUAAGUAUAUAUCGUGUUCUGUGCGUGCGUGUGUGUGAAGAUUUCGAAAUUGUGAAAUUUGACCUAACAUUAAUCUUAUACAAUAUGAAGAUUCUGGAAAUCCGCGAUAAUUACGCGAUUAGACGUAAAGAUCAAAGACCAAGGUUAAUUUCAGUUUUGCCGAUGUUCUUAGUCUUACGACAAAUUUUUUCGUGCGCUGCCGUCCUUUUAUGCAUUACGCGAUUAAAUAUCUGUAUUAAGUGUAUCAAGUUCCUACGUUCUCUUCUUACAGUAAUAGAAUAAAGAAAUUUUAUAAAGUCGUUCCUUAAAUCAACGAAAGAAACGUAUCUUUAAUGUUAAUGUUUUAUCAUCAUUUGAUACUCAAACUGCGAAUAUAAGCACAAGCACAAGCUCAUCGCUAUAUUUAUGAAAUAGAUUUAUUACGAAAUCGAUAUCUCGUCGCAUAAUUGUGGUGCAAGAUGAAAUGUUUAAAUGUUAUGAAUUCUACGAAUUUCUAUUCUUUCUGUUUAUAACGUAGGAUUUAAAAAUACAUUUAUUAUAGUUCAAAACACUCUAAAUGCAGAAUGACUUUCAACUUGUUAUUUCUGGCAUUAAACUGGAUUCAGUUGAAUUUAGUAUAAGAUACCUAUAUUUAUAUCCUGAUAAUAUAAAAAUAUUACCUACGUUCGAUCGAAAUGAAAUUCAAAUAUAAACUGUAAAAUAUAACUUAUAAAUAAAAUAUAAAUUAUAAAAUAUUGAACAAGCUAUGGAAUAUAACGUAUGAAAAUAUAAAUAUUCUUUGCUUAGCAAUAAAUCAACAAUCUCAUUACUAUCCUAUGUUGAAAGCAAUACUACGAAUCACUCAUUAAUACCUGAAAACCAAGCACACGAGAUUCUAAUUCAUGCACUGUUUCACACGUUUGUUCUCGUUCGAAGCGGAAUUCAAAUAACGAUGACGAAUUAACUAUCAGCGUGUAUUAUAAUUUCACCGCGGCAUCGCGCGCCGGUUCACCGCGUUGCUAAUACAGGACGAUCGUGCCAAGUACAAUUAAUCGAUGCAAUAAGCAGCGAGUCAUGUGAAAACGCGCAAUUCAUGCUUAAUUAUCCCCGGUGACGAUCUUUAUUUGUAAUGUCGAUAUGCAGAGACGAUAACGAGGCUUUAAUUGUUUCUUCUCAUCGGGCUGUUGCAUUGGUUCGCAUCAUUUGACACGCGGUCUCUCGUUCGUUUGAUCGGCAACCGGCAUAUUAACGACGUGGAAUAAUCCGAUGUCGUGUCGAAAAGUAACAUUAAAUGUAUUAAUAAAGCUCGCGUAACAUCGGUCUCGAGGCGAUUAACAGAGAAGAAACGCGUGUCUACAGCUCGUCCAAACUGAAACAGGAAAUUUUACACGCAUGUAAAAGUUUGUAGUUCUGUGGAAAUUUGUAUCGUGUUGUGUGAUAAUUAAUAGACGGCGGAUAUUUAUCAAUUUGAAAUAUGUCGACGUAUACAGAUACAUACAAAAUAUACAAAUAACAUACUAGUGAAAUUUCGACACAUUUCGUAUAUUCAUAAUAGGUGUCUUCGAAGCUACUAUCUUAAUUUCGUGAGCUUGUGUGCAUGUAUCUCGUGCAACAUUUGUAUUUUUUCAAAAAUUAUAUAUGCUUCUAUUAAUGUACGUAUAGACUAUAUAGACUGUAAAGCUUAGCUUUCAUCGGACACGAUGUAUUUCUUGAGUUAAAAGCAAAGGAAGCGCGUGCAAGGUCGAUAAAUCAGCUUUUCGGAGCAUCGUCCCAAUUGAGUCGGCGUACACUCACGGGAACCGUCUGGGUUAUUGCAAGAGGUGUUUCAUUCUUUAAUUAGACACCGUGAAAUUAGAUACGUUCGGUGUGUCUGCGGUUGCGGGUUAAGGUAUUUAAGUCACGCCUUCCUGAUCAUCUUACAUCGUUCCAUCUAGCACUCGUUUCUUCGUGUCCAUUUCGCGGCUGUACCUUUUGAUUUCUCCUAUAUGUACAAGCGAAAAGCACAUUACGCUUACCACGACGAUAUCGUUCAACGUUGUGCCCUAAACGUACAUCUCUCUUAAUAAGUAUUAGGAAUUUAUACUUGUGUGAAUAACGAGAAAUUUCAAAAGUCAUUCGAAUCUUGUUAAAAACUCGGGAAUUAUUAUAUUUCGUUUGAAUUCUUUGGGGUAUAAAGAGGAAUAAAAGGGGAAUAAAUGGUACGCUUUACAUCGGUACAUUAUAUUUCUUGGUCCUCUAAACAUUCAUAAUAUACACAACAUACAAUAUGACAUAGCGGUUCAGCUUUGUUUAGUUUCUCGUUCGAACGCGGUACCGAUAGAACGUUGUAAUUAAGUUUCUCGUUACUUGCGAACGUUGCUUUUCCCUCCGCCACUAUUUCCUCUUCCAAGUAUCUAUCGUGUGCCAUUAUGCACAAGGGCAGGAGAUAGAUCAACAUUCACGGAAAUUAAUAGGAGAUAUACA